GCGCCGCAGGUGUGUUCGGUGUUCUGCGGCCGUUUGAGUCAUGCGCGACAGCUCCAGCGUUUGUUUUACCGUCCACACUCCUCCAGUAAUGCAGUUUUUCACAGUGCUGCUGAGCCAGAGCGACGGAGCGUCGGCUCAAACGGUGGUUUUACUCCGUAUUUUCACUCUUUUUUUACCGCUUUGCUUCUCCCCGCUCUCCUCUCCUCUCUGCAGGUCACGGCGCACGCCAGCGGACAACGGUGAACAAAAAGCCGAUUGGUCGGCUGAUUCCGCUCAACCUAGCAACCGCCUCUGAUUGGUGGGAACAUACGCUCUAAUCUGCGCAGGUUGAGGAAUCAAUUAAAGGGGGAUUCCACCAAGUUUACUCGUUAAAGCUUUUCUUAGAGCCCCACCAGUAUCAGAGCUAAGCUAUAAAACGGUGUAAAUAUUUCUACCAACGACUCUGAUGUGUUUGUGAUGAGCAUCAGUGAGUAGCUGUGACAAACCAGAGAGAGACGGACUGAAUUUAAUGGCUGCAGCAGAAUAUAAAAGUCGGCUAAAUGGUCAGAGCGACAAAAGAAGAGGGAAACGACAGAAACGACAGUCCGACGGCCGAACGACAAGAAAACACCAGCAAUAACAGAAAGAAGACGAGGGACCAAGAGACAGGACAGUGUGGAGAAUGUGUCCUGUGUGGCUACUGGUUGCUGUGGUGGUUGUGGGCAUGGCCAAAGGAGCGGCCAGUCAGUGCUGGGAGCAUCCGAGCUGUCAGGACCUAAACUCGGAGAGCAGCAUGAUGGAGUGCAUCCAGCUCUGUCACUCUGACCUCACCGCCGAGAACCCCGUCAUGCCAGGCAAUGCCCACCUACAACCGCUCCCUCUGUCAGACCCCUCCUCCUUCGUCCUGCCAUCCUCCUCCUCCUCCUCCUCCUCACCUCAGGCCAAGCGCUCCUACUCCAUGGAGCACUUCCGCUGGGGGAAGCCCGUCGGUCGUAAGCGCCGCCCAGUCAAAGUCUACACCUCCAACGGCGUGGAGGAGGAGUCUGCCGAAGUUUUCCCCGGAGAGAUGAGGAGGCGGGAGCUGGCUAGUCAGUUAAUGGCAGCAGAGGCGGAGGAGGAGAAGACGCAGGAGGUGAUGGAGGAGGCGGGGGAGGAGCAGCAGCAGCAGCUCCUGGGCGGCGUCCAGGAGAAGAAGGACGGUUCGUACAAGAUGAAGCAUUUUCGCUGGAGCGGCCCGCCGGCCAGCAAACGCUACGGCGGCUUCAUGAAGAGCUGGGACGAACGCAGCCAGAGGCCGCUGCUCACGCUCUUCAAAAAUGUCAUCAACAAAGACGGACAGCAGCAGAAGUGAGGGGGGGAGGACGGGAGGAAAGGGGGCGGAAGGAGAGAGGGAUAACUUUUUACACAGCUGAUUGGCAGGCAGCGAAGUGUUCUCAUUGGCCAAGGAAGCUCGUUAGCAGACAAAUUAGUGACAUCAAAAAGCUGUGAAUCUUUAACUUGAUCCUGGAUGAGUGGAAGAGAGAUAAAGAAAGAAAAUGAGAGAGAUGUUUUGAUAUUUAUUGAUUUAUGUAAAUAACUGUAAAUGACAUGGAAACAUAAAGAGAUAUU